AUGCCUCCAGUACCGCCUCCCGAUGAUCAGCCAACUAAACCAAAGUCCGCAUUGGACAUUGUGGUUAAUCAAUUAGUUAGAGCAUCUGUGGGAGGUGAUAUUCCGUCAUCUCUUAGUGAUGAGGAUUUGGACAAAUAUGUGGCCGACUUAAUAAUGAAAGAAGCUUCAGCCAAAAAUAAAUUAUAUAACAAGGAAGGACUUAGAGCUUAUUUACCUCAUACUGGAACGCCACCGUGUAAUCUUCCAAAAACAAAUAAACGGUUCUUGCUUAACGUAAUAAAAAGUGUAGAUGGUCAUAAUCAGGCCUUAAUCAAAAAGUCUGAAGAAGAUGCUGCUGCUGCUCGUAUGCGUAAUCUAAGACGCUUAGAGCGAUUACACCGGCGCCGUUCAAGCAAAAGGAGACAUAGGGAUAGUGAUAAAAGUAGCCGGAGGAGUUCACGAAGGGAUAAAUCAAGGUAUGCCGCCCAUUUUAGUAGUAGUAGAUACAGUGAUUCUGACUACAGUGAAGAAGAAAUUUCUAGGUCAAGGAAAGAGAGUAAAUAUGAUGUGAAUGAAGGUGAUGUGAAAAACCCUGAUGUAAAUAAUCAUGAUACGGAUAACGUAAAUAACCAUGAUAUGGAUAACUGUGAUAUGAGCAAUAGUGAUAUGUCAAUUUCGCCAAUAUCAAUGUCACCAAAGAUUAACUCUUACUCCGCAUCAGAAGUAAGUAGAAAUGCACCGGUUAUUUUACGUAAAGGCCGUGGUGAAGUUAGUGAUGGGUCAAAAAUGGAUAAAUACUUUGAAAAAGACUAUGAUCCCAUUUAUAUGGACUCUGAUUCGCCGGCAAAACGUAAAAAAACUAAAGAUGAAGUUGUACGUGAAUGGGAUAUGCCGAAAUUAACCGGUUGUUGGGAUCUUGAAAGUUUAAAAACCAAUGAAGAUACUAAAGAUACUAUUUAUGAUGGU